UCCAUUUCCCCCCAUUUUCCACCUCUAUUUUGUGUCUCUCAAUCGUGAGGUUUGCUCGGAUGGGACAUCGGCGUUAAUUUUCGUCCUCACAAGAAAAAUUGUUCAUCGCUCGGUUUCUCAAAUCGAUGGGCACCCUUUUUAAUUCUUGACCCUAUCUCGUUUCCGGAACAUCUCUUCUUCUUUCAUGGAGGUUCCUGGAAUGGAUGAGGUCAAAAAGACCGAGAAUUACACUACAUCAGCUUCGGCUUUUGUAGAAGGCGGAAUUCAGGAAGCCUGUGAUGAUGCUUGUAGCAUAUGCCUCGAGGCCUUCUGUGACAGGGAUCCUUCCACGGUGACUCUCUGCAAGCAUGAGUUCCACCUUCAAUGCAUUCUUGAAUGGUGUCAGAGAAGCUCCAACUGUCCAAUGUGUUGGCAAUCCAUCAGCCUGAAAGAUCCCGACAGAAAUUUUCUUAUUUAUGCUAGUCAAGAGUUGCUCGAAGCCGUAGAACGCGAGAGAGAUAUUAGGCUUACUCCAACAAGAAAUACCACCAUAUUUCACCACCCCACCCUUGGGGACUUUGAGUUGCAGCACUUACAAGAUUUGGCAGCUGCUGCUAUAAGAAGGACCCACCAAAUAGUGGGAGUUAAUGAUCCUGAACUUGAAAGCCGUAUUAUACAAGAUUUGGCAGCUGCUGCUGCUAAUAGAAGAGCCAACCGAAUUGCCAGAAGGGAGGGCUCAAAUGGUCGUCCACAGUUUGUGAUUUUCUCGGCAAAUCCUAGUGCAUCUUCUGCCGCUAAUCCUAUUUCGACUUCCGCAGCUCCUGCUGGAGUCGAAACACAAUCACCUGUAGCAACUUUGAGCGAUUCAUCACAUGCUCUCAUGUCUUCUUCUGUUCAGAGCAGUCAAAUUUCAGCUGCAUUAUCUGGAUCUCCAACUAGCCGCCAAACAAUGGCUAAUGCCAACAGAAGCUAUAUAAGUGAAUCAUUGUCACCAAAUCUCGACAAUGCGGGACCCUCGGAGUUGCAGUCUUUUUCAGACACUUGGAAAUCUCGUCUGAGUGCCAUGUCAAUGAAAUACAAAGAUUCGAUUUCGAAAAGUACGAGAGGUUUGAAGGAGAAGUUGUUUUCUCGAAACUCAUCCAUGGCUGAUAUCGGGUCUGAGGUUCGGAGAGAAGUGAAUGCUGGAAUCGCCACUUUGUCCCGCAUGAUGGAGCGUCUUGAAACUAAGGAUGGUAAUGGGGAUAUUCCUCGAUCGAGUGGAAAUACUAAUGCUGCUUCAUUUUCUGCAAGUUCAAGUUGAAAUCGAGUUAUGUGAUGAUGAAGAGUGUGCACCCUCUGAAUUUCAUCUUUGAAGGCGUUUGUUGCUCCUCUUCAAGAUUGGCAUGCUGAGGAUGAGACUUUUACAGUUCACCAGACUUAAAGUCAAUGAACACGAACAAAACAUUUGUAGAAAAACACUUGGGGAAAGACUUUAUGUCUUAUCUUUUAUCUCUGCCUGUACAUAAAGUCAAUAAUAACAAACACUGGAUCCAAAGCAUCAAAACGGUGAGACUUUCAUGGUAUUAGAGAUUGGCUGAGUUAUCUAUUUAUAUGAAUUUGGUGCAACUAAGCUUGCAAUUAAUUUAAUUAUCUGUUCAUACUAUGUGAGAUGGUUAGAGUUGUUCAACUAUGAAUUUGGCCUUGAGCACUCGACUUUAAUUCUGGAUCUUAUGACUAAAUUUGUAUCUGUUUAGGUUUCAUAGGUACUUUCAGCUUUUACUAGAAACAAAUGCCUCUUAUUCUGCUGUUUCGGACAGUGUCGGGCAAGAUAAAUAAGGUACAUGCAAUAGUCGUAUAGUUUUGGUGUGCGUUCGAUUAGAUUGAAAGUACAUGACAUGAAACUAAUAUUCAGAGUAGAAUAAUUAGUUCUUGUGUUUUUCGACUUGAAGAACAAAUGACAAGUUGUGG